AUGAUGUCUUCUCUCAACGGCCCAUCCAAACAUGGCCCAUCUAAGCAUGGGUGUGUCAACAAAGAAGGAAGAUUCGCUGCUAAUGAUGUCGAUGCACGAAUGAUUUCUUUUCGUCGCGAGUCAUCGGGCCAUCAACAUUCAGCGGGUCAUCACAGAUCAUCCGAGAUAACCCAAGGCUCGAAGCAUACCGCCCCUCGAGUCUCCAACAGUGAAGACAUCGAGAUCUCCUCAAACAAGAAGCAAAAGUUUGAGCACUUGAAAGCUGAAUCCUUGACUGGGAAGCAUUCCCGGAUCGAAGAACUCCUAGCGGACCUCAACCCUCGUGGCCUUCCAGUGGUCUGCGCAGAGACGGACCGUCCCUCUGCUUCCUCAAAGGAGGCCCCGAUGAAUGAGCCGUUGCCUAGUCCUGGCUCAACAGAGGCUACGGACGCCUACUCGUCGGACCCCACGGCGCGAAUGGAAUAUGUCUCGCAGCUCAGACAGGAACUGCUCGCCGCCAAGUCCACGAUUGCUUUACAGGAACAAGAGCUGGCACAGACACGCGUUCUCAAUCAAACUUUGGAUCAAGCUCUUGGUCCCCCCUCUGAAGCCGACUUCAGUGGUCGAGAGAUCACUGAACAAACAAUCAGUCACUUACAGAACGCCUUCAACGCUUCGAAUCCUGCCUUCGGCCAGUAUAAGGAUGCCUGGGGCGCACAAGACGACUCGCAUUCUGACAUCUCAGAUGCACUGUCAGCCGGUGGCUACAAUCGUGCUCGUGGACGUUGGCCCGAGAGUAGUCAGCAGGCCUUUGGUAUGAGCAGCAACGAACGCCCUUUUGCUAAGCCUUAUGAGGAGUCUCAUCAAGAGUCGAAUCCCAUGGGCCAAUACUCGACCCGGCUCUGGAGCAGCCCGAAUGCGUAUCCAAUUUUCGCACCUGCUGGGGGUUUUCAAUCACAGAGAGUACUUUCGACCGGGUCAUCCAGUACAUACGGUUCAUAUUCGCGCCCUCCGAGUGAUCAGCCCCAAUACCCUCACGCUCUUGUUCAAGUCCAGAACCCUCUCCCUCGCCACUCCUCUAUUCAAGCAAAUCAUGCCGGGGCCAUGUUUCCUCCCCCGGCCAAUUCCUGGUCUAGCCUCGCUACCGAGUCACCUGUUGAUUCGACGCCCACGCCUAAAUCACCCACUUCUUCAACGACUAGAUCCACUGGCGCAUUCCAGUCAAUGGGAAACUACCCAUUCACCUAUCAUGCUCGACAAGUUGGAACAGCUCUUUCUCCAACGGCCACGGAGUUCACAGCAGGCACCGCCGAGAGAAAUCCCUGGGCCAUCUCGGUGGCUAACGGAAACUCCAUUCAGACAUAUGUUCCAUCCCUCGGUCCUCCCAACUACCGGCGACUCCUCGAAAAAAACGAGCCAUGUGACUGGAAGCAUUUUGUCGACAUGAUUGUCUGUGGCAAUGACCAACAGGCGUCUAUCUUCCUACAGCAGAAGCUUAAAGUUGGAACUGGUGACCAGAAAUUCGAAAUCAUUGAAGCGAUAAUCAUCCAAGCAUACCCGCUCAUGGUCAAUCGAUUUGGGAACUUUCUCAUCCAACGUUGUUUCGAACACGGCACCCCGGAGCAAGUUGUGGCCAUUGCCAAUGCGAUCAGCGGUCGCACACUGACCCUGAGUAUGGACCCAUUUGGCUGUCACGUCAUUCAGAAGGCUUUAGACUGUGUUCCCGAGGAUCACAAAACUGCAAUGGUACAAGAGCUUCUUUGCAGAAUUCCGGAAACAGUGGUCCAUCGCUAUGCCUGCCACGUCUGGCAGAAGCUCUUUGAGCUCCGCUGGAGUGGUGAGCCUCCACAGAUCAUGGCGAAGGUAAACGAAGCACUUUGUGGAUUGUGGCAUGAAGUCGCACUGGGCGAGACUGGAAGUCUAGUUGUGCAGAACAUAUUUGAGAACUGCGUGGAGGCAGAAAAGAGACCAGCAAUCGAAGAGGUGCUCGAGAAGAUUGAUAUACUCGCUCAUGGUCAGUUCGGCAACUGGUGUAUCCAACACAUUUGUGAGCACGGCGCUCCGCCUGACAAGAGCCGUGCUACUGAACAUGUUCUUCACCAUGCUGUUGAUUACAGUAUGGACCAGUUUGCAUCGAAAAUCGUUGAGAAAUGUUUGAAAAUCGGAGGAUCAGAGUUCCUCGAACGUUAUCUUUCUCGUGUUUGCACUGGUCGUACUGAUCGACCUCGGAUGCCACUGAUCGAUAUUGCUGGUGAUCAGUAUGGGAACUAUCUGAUCCAAUGGGUUCUAAUGAAUGCGGCCCCUCACCAACGGGAGCUGGUUGCCGGUCAUAUUCGGAAGCAUAUGGUCUCUCUUCGCGGUUCCAAGUUCGGGUCCCGUGUUGCGAUGCUCUGUUGCAACCCAUCCCAUGCCACUCGCCCUGGUCCUGGAACCGGGAUGCCGGUCGGUCGCUUCAACCAGUUCAAUGAAGAAAGGUUCCCUUCUUCUGGACAAAAUGGUGGUCGUUUUGGCCGUGGGAAUCAAUGGAAUCCCCGCUAUGCGCCGUUCCGCCCAAACUAG